AGUAGGUAGGUACUGAAGACUUGCUUUCUAUAGCUUGAAUCCUCAGCCAUUAACCAACUAACAAACUAGCCAGUUAGUCAAAAUGGUGCACUGGACCGAUGAAGAGCGUGACAUAAUCAAAACCUUCUGGGGCAAGAUUGACGCCGAGGAAGCUGGCCACCAGGCCCUGACAAGGGUGCUGGUUGUGUAUCCCUGGACACAGAGGUACUUCAGCACAUUCGGCAACCUGUCCAAACCCUCCGCCAUUGCUGGUAACCCCAAGGUCCGCGCUCACGGCAAGAGGGUCGUUGUGGCUCUCGGUGACGCUAUCAAGAACUUGGACAACGUGAAAGCGACUUAUGCCAAGCUGAGCGAGCUCCACUCUGAGAAACUCCACGUCGACCCCGAGAACUUCAGGCUUCUGGGUGAGGCCCUGAUCAUCGUCCUGGCUGGACAGUUCGGUGCCGCCUUCACUCCCGCUGUCCAGGCUACUUGGCAGAAGCUGCUGGCUGUUGUAACCGCCGCUCUCAGCAGCAAGUACCACUAAACACCAGCCAUCGAACUCCAUGCCAGCGACAAGAAUGGGACAACCACAACAACAUUGUGUCCGUGCUUUUCAAGAACUCUGGUGCAAGCCUCAUUCAUAAAUACAUUUAUUUUCAGUCGUUGGAGCUUUGAUAAAUAAAACAGUUUAUUCUUCAA